AUGAUUCCCACUGCGAUACCGCACAUGGCGCCGCCGCUCCUCGAUUCCGUCCCGGCUCUCAAGGCCGAUCCAGAGAUCGCUCUUCCGAUUACCGUUCUCCCGACUCUGCCCUCCACCUCCGCGCUGAAGGAAGAGCCCGUGAUCCAGCUUCCCGCUUCCGGGGACACCGUCGUGAUCGUUCACGCCGAGAACCAGGGCCAUAUCGCACAGCUGGCUGCGGAAGUUCUGGGCAAGGCAUGGACAACGGAGACGCGCGCGCGCAAUGCCGUGCUUGGGGUGCUGGCACAUGAGGUGGCGAGCUUGCCGGAGCGAUCGACCCUGAUCGUGGUGAAUACGCACUGUGUUGCGGAUGGGACGGCGCCGGACGAUGCAUUGACGGAGAGCUGUGACUAUGAGUUCUUGUAUUCGCAGAGUCCGUUCUUGCGUCGGGAUCUGUCGCGCUUUCUGUCUUUGAUUCUGGGACAGACGAGACCGCAUGAUGAUUUGGGGACGAAGACGCGGACGAAUUUUAUCUCGACGACCUUUCCCGAUGUGCAUGCUGCUUUGCCGAAUUUGGAUAUUUUGUCUGUGGGCUCCGAUGCCGUGGAGAUCCGUGUCGAUUUGCUGGUUGAGCCUGCGGAGGGUGUUGCGCCCGUUCCCAGCUUGAAGUAUGUUGGGCAGCAGUUGAUGCUUCUGAGACAGCAUACCGAGCUUCCAAUUAUAUUUACUACGAGGUGUACGAGGGAAAACGGAAAGUUCCCCAUUGAUAAUCCUAUGCUUUUCUACAAGUAUUUGCGACGGGCGAUUCAAUGGGGAGUCGAGUACAUCGAUGUGGAAGUGUGGCUGCCGGAAGAAAUCCGACGGAAUCUGUUCGAGAAAAAGGGACAUAGCAUGAUCCUCUCUGCCUUCCACGAUUUCUCCGGAAACUGGAAAUGGACCUCCGAAGAAGCACAGCGCAUCUUCACCGAAAGCGCCAAGUACGCCGACAUCGUCAAGAUGAUUGCUAUGGUGCACACAAUCGAGGAGAACUACGAGCUCGAAUACUUCCGCUCAACGAUCAAGAGUCGUGGCUCCAGUCCUCUCCUCUCAGCCGUCAACAUGGGUCAAAUGGGCCAGUUAUCCAGAGCCCUGAAUACAGUUUUCUCCCCCAUAACACACCCCCUUCUCCCCAUGAUCGCCGCACCGGGUCAACUAAGCGCCGCCGAAAUCAACGAAGCCAUGCAUAUAAUGGGCCAGCUGCCCAAACGUGAUAUCUACGCCAUCGGCUCAUUCCGACCAACGCCACACUCGAUGUUCAUGGAAAAAUGUUUCAAUGAACUCGGUCUCCCACACAACCUGACUUCCAUUGACCGAGGCCUCAAAGGCACCAUGGAAUCCAUCCUCUCCCAACCGCACUUUGGGGGCGCCUAUGUGAACCCCCCAAUCUCAAGCUCCACCUCCUACAUCCCCGCCAUAAGCGAAGCAGCCCGCGCCAUCGGCCUCGUCGACACCAUCGCAAUGGUCGGCGAUUCUCAAACCUCAUCGCGCUUCAUUGGCGAAAACGCCGCGUGGAAAGGCAUCCGCGCAACUUUGACCCGCGAGUACGUGCCUUCAGCCUACAGCACCAGAGCGGCAAUUAUUCUCGCCGGCUCCGAAGCCGACGCCUCGCCCGCCAUCUUUGCCCUGCGCUCUCUAGAUGUCGGCACAAUCUACACCGUUGGCUUUAAAGCCUCAGGCCCAUUAUCUACAGGCCUGGAACCAUUCACAUCCAUCCAAUCCGUCAAGCUGGUCGAGCAGCCCUUCGUGAUUGUUUCUGCAUUACCACCUGAGAAGUCACUCCUAGUCCAGCCCUUGCUACGACAUUACGGUGCGAAUGGUCGGUCGUCGCCAACGUCCCGGGGAAAGGUUUAUUUAGAUCUAGCCAGUGGGCCCAGGAAGGGAGAUCCCCUUGCUGUUGCUAGUCGGGCAGGGUGGACGGCGUAUGGGGCUGAAGACGUUAGUGCUUGGACGACAGUUGAGACGCUGAGGCUCCUCGUUGGUCAGAAUGUUCCUUUCGACUUUGUGCGUAUGGCGUCUGGUCGGCCAUUUUUCUAG